AUGCGUUUUGCUUUCAUUAUUCUCUCAAUCUUUGCUAUUGCACUGUCUUCAAAUUUAGAUCCAUAUUCCGAAACAGAAAAGUUCCUUUCAAAUGCCUGGGAUCAUUUGAAAGCAAAAAACUACACAAUUAUUGAUCCGGAAUUUUAUGCAAUUAUAGAUUAUGUGAGAUACAACAAAGAACAAUUUAUCAACAUGUAUUUGAAAAAUGGAAUUUUUCCUGAUAAAAUGCCAAAACGCAAUGUGACAAAUGCAAUUUUUGACGAGAAGGGAAUGUUGGUUUUUGACACAAAUGAUCAAGGAAACAUGCAGAAAAAUUUUGCAAAACCGAAUGCUAAUAUUACAGGAGGAUAUGCACUUUUUAGAUUUGAUGCUGUUUAG